AUGAAUGGGCUGCAAUAUUGUGAUUCUGCAUCUGCCAAAUGGAGGGGAGCAUCACACACUAAGACACCUCCUGCUACUGAGCAUGAAGUGGAUGUGCUGGGGGCGCCCCACAACCCUGCUCCCCCGACAUCCACCGUGGUUCACAUCCGCAGCGGGACCUCCGUGCCUGACCAUGUGGUCUGGUCCCUAUUCAACACCCUCUUCGUGAACUCCUGCUGCCUGGACUUGAUAGUGUUUGCCUACUCCGUGAAGUCCAGGGACAGGAAGAUGGUUGGCGACCUGACUGGCACCCAGGCCUAUGCCUCCACCGCCAAGUGCUUGAAUGUCUGGGCUCUGAUUGUGGGCAUCAUCAUGACCAUUCUGCUUAUCAUCAUCCUAAUACUGAUUUUGCAAGACUAUCAAUAG